UUGUACAUAAGCUGGAAGCGGACUGCUCAAAGCUGUUGACUGUGCGGAGCUGACCACGCAGGGAUAUUUACGCAAAGUCCAACACUGUGCGCGCUUUCUUUCCUUAUCGCGCGAUUCAAACGUUUCCAGCCCGAGCAGAAGAAGGUUUCUUUCCUUGUUUCCAGGUUGCUCCCUCCCCUUUCCCGGCUCCUCCUCUGUCGGGCUUCUCGCUCCAUCGAGCGAGCUUCCCAAACUUUCCGUGCCAAGGUUUCCUGAAGUUUCUCUUUUGUAUGUGGCGCAAGGGCGACAGUUGGAGCCAGUGGAGGGAGUCAUGUAAGGUGUGAAUUUAGCGACAUGGUGCUGAUGGCCGAGCAGGCGGACAGACCUCUGACUCCGUUAUCCACACCGGAGCAAGUUUUCAGCAAGGACUCCCGAGGGAGUCGGCCGACGUCCGAAGUGGAGAAUGGAGGUGACAGGAGACACAGGAGGCCUGGAAGGUCACCUGCGGACCUCCAGCUGUGUCUGGACGCCGAGGCAGACCUUACGGAGUGCAGGAGGAAACCAACCAGUAUGAGGCUGAAACGUGCGGAGCAGCUUUCGCCGAUGCAGAGUCCAAGUGACUGUGAGACAAAGUUUGAGAGGAAGAAAUCCCAGCCCAAUCACUUAUCAAAAACGAAUGCUCAGUAUCAUAAGUUAUUUAAGGAGGUCAGCAAAGACGAGUUGCUCAAACAAAGUUACACUUGUGCCCUGCAGAGAGACAUUUUAUAUCAGGGAAAAAUGUUCAUCUCUGAUAACUGGAUCUGUUUCCACUCCAAAGUCUUCGGCAGAGAUACUAAGAUUUCAAUCCCUGUUGUGUCUGUGACGUUUAUCAAAAAAACUAAAACUGCAUUGUUGGUGCCAAACGCCCUUGUGAUUGAAACCACAGCUGAUCAGCACGUGUUUGUGUCCUUCCUCUCUCGAAACACCACCUACAAAUUUCUGAAGUCCAUCUGCAUUCAUUUGGAGGUGGAUAAGACUUGCAACAGCCCCAUAACCUCCUCAUGUGAAAACAGCUUUAGAGGGAAAUGCCCUUCGUCUCUUCCUCUGGACUUUUCUAGAGACUUCUCUGACCUUGAUGGGGUUGUGCAACAAAGACGGCAGGAGAUGAUGGAGAGCAGCAGCUCUGGGUCUCAAACUCCUGAUUAUGACAAAAUAACUGACUUCACAGACCUCCCGGGCACAUUUCUAAGUGCAGUGAAGAGUGGAGAGGUUUCAGUUCAUGCAGACAUUCACCUCCAGACUCCAAGCCAAAAACACGGAGCCUCUCUUAAGAAUGGGUCAACUAAACCAUCCCGGGGAGUCACUCCACUCAAAGACAAAUCUUCACAGCCCAUGUCCUUGCACGCCAUCCUUCUUAUCUAUUUGUUUUUAGUUAGUGUCCUUGUCCUGUCCUCCUGUUACAUGGCUUUCAAGAUUGUGGCUCUUGAGCAUCGUUUGAACUCCUUGGUGUCCAUGGGGGAACAUGUUCGUAAUGAAAAUGCUGUGAGCCACAGAUCCCAGACUGACAUGAAUGCUGAGAUCUAUGGAGAAUUGUCGACCAACUUGUUCAAGCUAGAAAAGAUUCAAAGAAACCUCCAGAAGCUACUUGAAGAGACUUAAAAAGAAGACUGUUGUCUGUUGGCCUGUCUGGACAGAAGCUUUAGUGUUGUCUUAGAGCUGUUGGUUAAUCACUGAAGAGCAGCAGUGAUCAGGUUUGGUAAUUUGUUGCCAAAGCCCGGACGGGAAAGUGUCUUAAAAUUGUGUGAACUUUAACUUAACUUGUGCAAUAGUUACUUUUUCCCCAUUUCCUCUCGGACCUUUUUCUGAACAGAAUGUUGUUCUGGAGGGUAAACUGAAGAAGCGUGUUAGUGUGAGUGUUAGCGUUAGUGAAGAGAAAUUUUAAGCAUAAAUUUUGUAUUUAUCAGAGAGCUUUUAUUGUGCUAUUUCACAGUAGUGGGAUUUUUUAAGUCCUAUUUCAGUGUUUUCCAAACAUUUCUUUAAAGGUCAACUUAUCAUGUUUUUUUGUUAGGAAUAAAUUGCCAAUAAUUUAUAUUUAUUAAAUGUAUGUAAAUCACUCAGUUGGGAAUGUUCAUUAUCUCUUGAAUACACAGAGGCAACUUCAUCUUCCAUUGUAUGGUAUCUAAAGUUAGAAAUAUAAAAUGUGAAAAUCAUACUGCAAGUUACAACUGAGAGCAAAUCAGCUGAAUUUAAUAUAUAAUUAAAAAGAGUGA